UCUCGUCAUCUUUUCGUUCACACUCAUAACUUCCAGAGGACUUGAUCAUCAUGUCGCUCACACAUCUAUGGCCUCAUAUAUUGUUAGCAGCGCUGGGCGUUGCAUCUGCAUCUGAGCUCCAGAUUCCUAUGAUAUCGGAACAGAAGCCAAUGCAAGUUGAUAACGUACUUGGUAAACCAUUGGUUGACACCGACGACCUACAAGCAAGCAUCAAAAUCGAGAACCUUGUUAGUCGCGCCAAGGAUCUAUAUAGUAUCGCGGAAUUAUCCGAGCCUGAAUAUGGGCAUCCUACUAGAGUCAUCGGCAGUGCAGGACACAGCGCGACGUUAGACUAUAUAUAUUCCGCAUUAGAAGACCUUGGCGGUUAUUAUACCCUUUCAAAGCAGCCCUUCCCUGCUGUUCUAGGAAAGGUUUAUGAAUCUCGCUUGGUUGUUGGUCAUGAGGUGCCCGAGUCCGCCUCGCCAAUGUCAUUGACUCCUCCCACUGCCAACAAGGAGCCUGUCUACGGAAGGCUUGUUCUCGUAGAGAAUGAAGGAUGCGAUGCAUCCGACUAUCCAGCUGACUUAGCAGACAAUAUUGCUUUCAUCCUUCGUGGCACUUGCUCUUUCGGGACCAAGUCGGAGCUCGCUGGCAAGGCGGGUGCCGUAGCAGCAAUCGUGUAUAACUAUGAGUCCGGAGGCGUUUCAGGAACUCUAGAAACCCCUACGCCUAAUCACGUCGCUACAUUUGGCCUGUCUGGUAAGGAAGCCGGGCCUAUUCUCAAGAAGUUAAAGGGAAGCGAGGUUGUUGAUUCAAUUGCCUACAUCGAUGCCGAGGUUAAGCAGAUUGAGACCACGAACAUCAUCGCUCAAACUGUUGAAGGCGACCCGGAUAAUUGUGUCAUGCUUGGUGGCCACAGUGAUAGCGUCUCAGAGGGUCCCGGUAUCAACGACGACGGCUCAGGUAGUAUCACUCUUCUCGAAGUCGCAACUCAAUUGACCAACUUUAACGUUAACAAUUGCGUACGGUUCGCCUGGUGGGCUGGAGAAGAAGAGGGUCUCCUCGGAUCGGACUACUAUGUCGAAGUUCUUCCGCAAGAGGAGAACCUAAAGAUUCGCCUCUUCAUGGAUUACGACAUGAUGGGCAGCCCGAACUUUGCCUACCAAGUGUAUAACGCGACUAAUGCUCUGAACCCCGUGGGCUCGGAGGAAUUGAGAAAUUUGUAUGUGGAUUUUUACACAUCGCAAGGUCUCAAUUAUACUUUCAUCCCUUUUGAUGGGCGCAGUGACUAUGACGCUUUCAUCCAAAAUGGCAUCCCGGGUGGGGGUAUUGCAACGGGCGCUGAGGGCGUUAAGACAAAAGAGGAAGAAGCUAUGUUUGGCGGUAAAGCCGGGGACUGGUAUGACCCUUGCUAUCAUCAACUAUGUGAUAACAUUGGCAAUGUCAACUCAACUGCUUGGUUGGUCAACACCAAGCUCGUUGCGCAUUCGGUCGCGACGUUCGCCGUUUCUUUUCAUGGCUUUCCCGAACGCUCAGACGUGGUGAACAUGGCAGACAACAAACGGCCCGCUAAAUACCAUGGGCAUCGCCUCGUUCUAUAAACCAAUACUUUUGUCAAUCCAAACAUUUACCAGUUUGUUCGUCACUAUCUAAACACGUCCAAAUAGAAGGGAUAUAGUGUAAUAGUAUGCAAAAUCACAUUUAUACAACUACCUGAUCUAAUUAUCAAUUGAUUGCAACAAUUAGAAGUGACAAA